UUUGUAGGAUGUUCAAUGAAAACGUAUAUUUUCUAUUUUCGUGAUGUGUUUUACAUUUGGCCUUAAAAGCAUAAAAUAAUAAUUAUUUAUUUAAUUCAGGUAUAACAAAUAGUCCUUCACAUAGACGUAAAACCAUUACGUUGUCUUACCCCUACACUCCUCGGUGCUCCUCGGUUUUGAAUAGUAUCUAGUUCCCGAUGGGCAGCCCUCCGUCAUGGUCGGUGUUGCGUGUUUUAUUCGACGCGGUGUAAUUUUAAUAAAUUGUUAGAACUAGUCGAAUUCGAGUGGUAGACUACGUAUAAACCCGGACUCCCAACAUUGAACGUUCCUGAUACUACGAAGAGAAAUACCUAUUUUCAUCAUUAAGUAAAGAAGAAGAAGAAGAAGAAGAAGAAGAAGGGCCUAGGGAAUAUUUGAGCACUGUGGUAAGUUAAGACAGUAUUAAAUUUGAAUACAUGUACCAGAUUUGGAUUCAUAGUAAUGAUACAAGUUUUGCAGGAAAGCAAGAAGAGGAAAAGAGAUGAUGUCAAUACUGCAAAUAAAUUUAUAAGUGUAGCAGAACAAACAAAGUUGUUUGAGAGCCAGCUACGUUACUAUUUACGAAGUCCAACCACGAAAUACUAUCCAACAAUUCCCGAGUCACCUAUACUCCUGACUGAAACUCGUGUCAGAUCCAUGAAAAAUCAAUCAACUGAAGAUGGAGAACAAAAAGAAAUGUCAAAAUCAAAAGUAAUGCCAGUAAAUUCAAAAAUACAUGAACCUCUCAAAUUAGAAAAGUGUGAUAAUACAUCUCCUUUAGUUGGAAAACCAUUUGAAUUGACUGUGUAUAAAAGGAAAGUAGUUCACGAUUCAUCCUCACCAUUUCGAUUUGAUGCAAAGUCUUCAACUACUGAAGAACUGCACAAUCAAUGUGAUACAACUGAUAAGUCAUUUAUUUCUUUGGCAGCUGAACCACUAAAUUCUGAAUCAUAUGAGACCCACCUUCAAAGUAGAAUUCAAACUUCAAAGGACACAGGUGAUAAUCUAAUUGUGCUUGGAAAAUCUCCAAACGGUAACAUUAACAUCAAUAAAACUCAGCCUAAUCCAUUUAGUUUUGAGGAAAGGGACAAAUUGGUGAUGAAAAAUAAAAAUGAAAAAAUGAAAAAGAGAAAGGAGAUGGCAGAAAAAGAACAAGAAGAAGAAGUUGCCCUUCUCCGGCGGCAAACUGUUCAUAAACCUCAACCUAUUGGAAAAAGCAAAUCACAGCCUAAAGGAUCAAAACAUGCUGUGAUUUCAUAAGCUUCUGCAAGAUUGUACAUAAAAUUCAACCAGUAAAUUGUGAAUAUCUUAUAAUUUUUGCAAAUUUUAAUAUAUUAUUGUUGUAUUUUAAUUAUUUUUAAUGAAAACUGAACUUCCUUUUAUUAAAUAAAUAAGUAAAUAAAUGAAGGGCGGACUCCUGGCAAUAAGUGGUUGAAUUUUAAAGUUGCUUUCACAUAAUUGUUGCAUGCUCAAAGGACUUAGAUAAUAAAUUUAUUUUACGUCUAGCUGCUUAUUGUCUAGAAUAAUGUUGCAAAGAAUUUGUGUGUCAUAGCUAAUUCUAGAAACAAGCUAUUAAGAGUGGUAGUUGAUUUAAUGUAGUUGUAGGAUUGCUUUUGUAUAAAUUAGCUUCAGAAAUAAGUAUUUCAAAUGAAAAGAUUUACUUUGUGAAUAAUUUUUUUUAAAAUUUUUAUUACAUUUGUAAGGAUGAGCCAACUGAUAUAUAAAUAAAUUAGUUAUAACUAAAUAUAGAAUUUUUCUGU